AUGGAACCACAGUAUAGUAUUCCUUUCCCUUCGGAUGCCAGGAGUACAUUCACCUGGUCGACUCCUGACCAGUCGGCGCGCGCGAUCGCUACCCCAGACCAACAGUUCCGACUCCUUCAUCCACCAGAUGCGAUCCAAGAUCGUAGAUCGACAUUGAAGCAAAGUUCGGCAGCAGUUCAACAACAUGGUCUGGUCAAGUCGACGCACCUACCAUCACCACUGUUGUCCCAUAAUGGUCAUCCGCAUCCCUGCCAAUUCCAGUACGUGCAAAUGCCACGUACACCAGUGACACCCUCAUACAUGCACACCCGCCGACCACAGCUCCCAGUUCCGCCGCGCGUGCUACCUUCUCAAUCCAAGGUUCAAGAGCCUUGCUUGGCUUGUAAGCGACCCGGUUGCGCACUGGCUUCACACCGGUAUUACUCCAAAUACGUCCGAGAUCAGAAGGAGCGCGAUGGGCAAUCGGAACUGACACCCCGCCCAGCUACAGCAAUGCUUGCGCGACCACUCACAGCAUACGGUGGACCCGUCAUGCAGCCUCCAUUUGCUCUGGACCUUGAACGUCAGCAUCUACUCGCGCUGUGGUCCGAGGAGUGGUCACCUGUGAAACAAGGAUACGAGAGACAUCUUUUUCCCGCAAAGUUUAUCAAUCGGGUUCUACCAGUGGCUCAGAACCACAUGCCGUUGCUUCAAGCACUACUGGCCUACUCGGGAACAAUAUGGGCGAUUGCAAACAAUAUGCUCAGCGAUGCGAUUUCCAGACAACAAGCACUCGCAGUAGAAAUGUUGUCCCAAGCAUGUCCAACCGAGAGCGAGGCAAGCACGGACCAGGGUGUAUUGGCUGCGACCUUGUUGCUCCUCAUCUAUCUGGCCCAAGGAAACAGUUUUGAGGUGGGGAAGCACGUAUCUGGAUUGGUGCAUCUGACCAGAGUACGAGGUGGUCCACACUAUCUUGGAUUAUCAGGAGUCGUAGCCGAGACACUCAUACACGCGGAUUACAUGCAGGCUAUAUUUUUCAACCACGAGCCCGUAUGGCAUUUUCCUCUUCCUCAACUUGAGUUUGACUUUCCAGAGAAGAUGGGCCAAGGCUUUCGAAAGGUCAUGUCGGUACAAGGACUUGACGCGUCGCUAUCGGCGACGGCACAAAGCGUUUGCAAGGUUGCAGACAUUUUCAAAGAUGCGUCAAGCGGCAUCUCCCUUGCCCCAGCGGUCAAGCACGCGUACGGCUACUUGGCGAUGAUGGCGGAAUAUCAACUUGCACGAUGUAAUGCGGCUUACCAUGCAUCAUCCACGCCAAGCGAGUGUAUCUGUCUAGCCUUGGUUCUAUUCAACCACGUCGUUCUCAAUAACGAUGGCGCAGUCACCCCAAGCAUUAUGCAGAUAGAACAUCGCUUCUGGCAAGCACUUGAGGCCGCAGAAUACAAAGGGCUCAUGCACCCGAGUAUGCCUAUUUGUCUUCAUAUGUGGAUAAUAUUGACAGGCUUAACAGUCGGCACCAAAGUGCCAAGUCGUUAUCGCAGCAUCGGCGUUGAGAAGCUUCGUGCCACACGGAUUACUUCCGGUAUAGUUAAGUGGGAACAAGUGAAGGCUAAUGUCUUGGAUAAAUAUGUGUGGUUGCCGUAUGCACAGGAAGAGGCUUUCCGCGGUAUCUGGCUCGAGGUCGAAGGGCUUAAGAGCGACAAUGGUAAUUCUGGACGUACGGUACCAGAAGGACGGAAGUUAGAUGUCUUGCCGCCAGCAGGCUGA